AUGGCUGAAACUGCCCCAGAAUUUCCUGAACAAGAAGCAAGCUCUAGCAGUUCAGCUACAGAAAGUAGUUCAGCCGAAACAGCGGCUGAUGCUAUUCAAGAAUCGGGAAAACCAAGUUCGACGAGUGAAGAAAUUAUUGAGCCAGCUAGCUUAGAUGAAUCUUGUCAAAAUAUGUUUAAAAAGAUUACUGAAUAUUUGCAAUGUGAACUCAAUGGUUAGUAGUGCGUAAUUAUGCUAAACUAACUUUAUUUAUACUGGAUAGCUCUAUCAGUUCUAAACUGUUCUUCCUAUAGAACUCCACUUAUUGAUGUUGUGUUAAUACUACAGGAGGAAAUCCAACUAAACUUUAUUUAUACUGAAUAGCUGAAUCAGUUGAGUUCUAUUAAAAUCUUAGAGCUAUAGGCCCAACAAGAGGCGAUUGUUGGUAUGUGAGGAAAGAAAUUAUAGUCAGACUGCUGUAUAUUAGAGCAUUUAAUAGAGGAAUCGAAGAACUAGCCAGGACGAAGAAGUCGAAGGCAAACCACUGCUGCCAUCAUGCCCAAGUCUAUAUUGUUCCUUGUCUUUAGCUUCUCUGGAUGAUUAUGAAUUGUUAGAAAAACUGAAUCAGUUAACGAAACAGAAAUACGUUGAGAUGGAUAAUGUUACAAAAGGUCUGAUAACAAGAAUGGAGCAAAUUAACGAGAAAUGUAAGUAUAUGCGUAAUGAGAGGCAUACCUCUGGUAGUGCAUCCAGACUUGUCCCACCUUACUCCAAGUGCAGUGCAGCAAUGCGAGCCGAUUUUCCUGGUCCAUAGCAGAAUAUUACACAUGAAUGUGUUAAUUAUGCUAAUUAAUAUAUAUUAACCCUUUAAUUAAAGGCCUAAUUUCACGACAAGCGAAAUGCGAAAAAUUUUGCACAAAAAGGUUGAACGCAUGCGCAACAUGAUUUUAGAGUGUUUCUCUGCGACAUAUUUCUCUUCGCCGGGUAGUUGUAUUUGUUCUACUCUGUUGCAAAAUGGAAAUAGCGAAGCCAAUCAAAUGCUUGUGUUUUGGAUGACAUUUUACUCAUCAAGGGGAGAGUGCUGGUGCUCAAUGGCUUAAUGUAUUAUAUUAAUUUAAUUAUAUUUUAAUUAAUUUUUCCCAUUCUAGAUGAGAAACUAAAACCAUAUCUGGAAAUGAUCGACAAGGUAGAUGCAAGUGUCACAAGUCUGGAGGAAGCUGCAUACAAACUCGAUACAUAUUCCAAAGAAUUAGGUACGAUAAACUCUCCAACUAUGGUGUUUGACUGUCUCACCAUCUAACUGGCUGAUAAGUCAACUACUGAUUGACUGAUAAGGGUCUCUCAGGGAGGGGGCUGUGUUCCCAUGUGCCUUGUUUCCUUUUUCUGCAGAUUGACUGGCCAACUGACUGAUAGCCUGCGAACAGGCGUUUAUUCAGGUUAACUGACUUGACUGAUAGCCUGCGAACAGGUGUUUAUUCAGGUUAACUGACUGACUGAUAGCCUGCGAACAGGCGUUUAUUCAGGUUAACUGACUGACAGUAUCUCUUGGCUAACAAACUUUAUUAUGUUUCAUUUAGAGGUGCGAUUUAAAAAGUUGGAAAAAGUUGCAUCCUAA